GAUGGAGCAGCUCGCCCAGUUCGUCUCCAAGAGCUUCGACACCGCGGCUGGCGAACACGCGGCGGCUGCCAGGAACACCGCCGAGAGGCCACCGUCCGCGAGGAUCACCCUAAGCGUCGCGCACCUGCUCGGCGACCCUGCGGAGAACGAUGCCAAUGCGAGUACUCGGGAGCCCGGCCAGGAGCCGGCGAGCGAUCAGACCAACACCGUGGACGAGCCACCGUCGCCGGAAGCUCGUCUCCAACCGGAGGAUCUGUCCGUGACGACGAAGAGCAAGGAGGUGAAGGACGUGGCCAACACCGCAGACGGUCUUCCACCGCUGAAGACACCGGAAUUGAAGCUGUCCGUGAGAAAACUCCUCGGAUGCAGUCCUUCGCCACCGCCGAUCUCCAGAGAACGAUCGGCCAGUCCGGACAAUUACGUCGAAUCGAAGAAUCCAAGCUCCGGCGAAGGGAAAGCUUCGGAUUUGAAGGUCCAAUCGCAUGUGUCGAGGUCUUUGAUGCACGGACAGGAGGAAGGUGCCAAAGGAUCGAACUGUCGCAGUAACGGGAACGGGAACGGGAAACAGAGAAGAUCUCGUACGAACUUCACCCUGGAACAGCUGGCUGAACUGGAGAGGUUGUUCGACGAGACUCACUAUCCCGACGCUUUCAUGAGGGAGGAACUCAGCCAGAGACUCGGCCUCAGCGAAGCGAGGGUUCAAGUCUGGUUCCAGAAUCGACGUGCCAAGUGUCGCAAACACGAGAGUCAACUCCACAAAGGUGUCACAGGUGGAAUGGUUCUGGCGCCCCGGAGCCCGCCGACCAGUCUGGAACCCUGCCGAGUGGCACCGUAUCUUCCAGCGUUGAGGUUGCACCCCCCGAUACAGGGCGCAGGUGGGAACAUGACCGCGGCCAGUUCUGCGUUCGACCCGGCGGUCCUCCAUUACGCGGCAGCCGGUGGCCUCUUCUGUCUGCCGCCGCCACCGCCUCCACCGCCGACCUCCAGUCACCCUCACUCUCAUCCCCUGAGCCUGGCAGCCUCCCUGGCAGCGGCCGCGGCUCGCUCCAAGAACAGCAGCAUCGCAGACCUCAGGCUGAAAGCCAGACGACACCAGGAAGCCCUGGGUCUGGACAGGCCCGCGUAAAACCAGAGACUUCGAUUAGCCGAGUUCACCCGGCGCGAUUCCGCCGCGCGGCGGUGGUGAGUAUUCACACACGUUCGGAAAUUCCUCUUCUUUAAACUUACGUUGGUGCUUUUGGUCGAGGAACAAGGAUCAUUUUUGUGUAGUGCAGUGAUCGGUGCAAACGAACGGGUUCUCGAAAUUCUUAGAAUCUGCUUUGAAAGUGAAAUUCGGACGGCGAAUGGACUCACCGUUUCGUUGUAAUUAGUUUGCGACAGCAGCAAAUUGGCUUCUGAGUUCUUCAGUGUUGUAAACGUUCUCGAAGAAGGCGGAGUUACGUUUUUAAUUGAAGGUACCGUUUACCCAGGAGUUACGUUGAGGAGUAUAGUUCGAGAAGUACAAACGGGGACUCGAUGUGUAUAAAGUGGACGAUUCGAGGGAGAUGCGCGUGUAUUAUACGAUUAUAAUAUAAAAUAUUAUACAUAAAUAUAAAUAGUCGAGGGUCAGUAGCAGCUGGGCUAGGGUGCAAGAACAAACGAUUAGAGGUUCCGAUUACAUCGAAGAGAACGAAUUCGGUGGUUCUUAGGCUGCUCUUGGAUACAUGAUUGUCAACUCUGUAUACUAUUAGCUUUAAAAUAUAUA